UAGAAAACAAUGGUUGUAGGCGCUCUGUAGGCGCCGUGGUAUAGAUGUUCUGUGGUUGCAGGUGUUGUAUGCUUGUGUCUACCCACCUGUGGCCCCGUGGAGGAGCGUGGAGCCCGUGGUUGUCAUCCUCCUUGGCUUGCUUCUAUUUGCCUCGGUCCGCUUGCUACGUUGCAGACCAUCCAACGAUAGUGCAGGGAAAGUUGAUAGGGCGUAGUGUAAGAGGCCAGCGAAAGACGAGCGAAGUGUCUGGCAGCGACGUUGCUGUGUAGCCCUUUCGUCAAGCUUGCAGUUCAAGCUCUUUGCAGAUGAAGAUAUGCCUUUAGUACCGCACGUCGCUUCUACAGAUGGAGUCUGCCGACGAAAAUAUGAUGCAGCCUGUGACUUUGGUGUUGCCCUGCCCACAUCAAAAACCGGGAGUUUUAAUUGGCAGUCACCGAGACAUAAAAGCGCGGCAAUACGUUGAUACUUCUCUGAAGCAACAUGAUUGUCAGAUCAUUGCAUGGAAGUUGCGCUGAAACAACAUGAUUGACACAUCAGGAGCAGGACUUGUCACCAUGCCAUUGACAUCAGGAGACUCUGGUGAUGUCCACAUAUGUGGCAAGUGCCAUGCCAGCUUCUCAAACAUUGAGAGCUUUCUGGCACACAGGCAACAGGAAGAAGUGUCCCAAAAUGCCGAACCUGUGCUUCCUCAGACCUACCAUCACACCUCAUCAAGCAAUGUGACAAAAAACUUGGGCCAGUUCCACUCUAACCUGGACACCCAGCAAAACCAGCCAUGUGGCUCGCAGCCCUGCCAACAAGAAAGUAGCAGAGAACCAGCUGAGGUGGCACUGGAGCUUCAUGCUGCGGCAGCUCAUACACCAAGUAAUUUGAGGUCUGCUGAGGAAGCCAACCCUGCUGUCGUUCCACAGGCUGCCACACUGUCCAGAGAUGCUCCUUGGACACUACAAGCCACGAUGCACAGCGCUUGUAUUGCCAGCACUGCUACAUCUGAUAGUAAUGCUACUGUAGCUGCUGUGGGCAUGCCUGUUUCUGGCCAGGCAACAAGUUGUGGUACGCUGAGACAGCGGGGACCAGAGCAGCCUUCUGUCGAACAUGCCAUCUUGAGAUGCAGCCAGCCAGGGUGUAGCUUUACUUGCCGAUAUAGAAAGGAUCUGCGAAGGCACAGCCGUAUCCAUACAGGAGAAAAGCCUUACAAGUGUCCCGAGUGCUCAAAAGAGUUCAGCCGGUCAGACAAAAUGGCCAAUCAUCGGCGAAGGCAUUCAGGGGAAAAACCGUUCAGCUGCAGUCAGUGUGAUUAUGCUGCUGCGGACAGGUGGGCAUUGAAGAUGCAUCAGCGAGUGCAUAUUGACGACAAACCGUAUAGGUGCCAGAUGUGUCCCUUUGCAGGCCGCCACCAAAACCAACUUCUUGUGCAUCUUCGAACACACACGGGUGACAUGCCCUUUCAGUGCUCCGUGUGUGGAGCUCGAUUCCGCAUCAGCUGUGACCUGCAGCGUCAUCUGCGAACACACACUGGUGAACGCCCAUAUGCGUGCCAACAGUGUCCAUACAAGGCCUCUGUGCUCAGCAACCUGCGGUCCCAUGAGAGGGCAAUGCAUAGUGCUGACCAGCCUGCUCGUUGUAGCCAGUGCUCAUUUUCCUGCUCAUCUAAGCGAGAACUGCGGCUGCACAGUGUAACUCACCGAGAAGGUAGUCUGCACUGCACUGAAUGCUCAUACACAUGUGAGCGACGUAGCUCCCUGACUAGCCACAUCAGAAGCCAUGACGAAACUCGGCCAUAUCGUUGCCAGACCUGUUCGUAUACAUCAAAGCACCCUGCCAACUUGCGCAGUCAUGUGAAGAACAAACAUUCAAAAAAACCACCAAAGCCAAGAAAAGGAGCUGUCGGUGCACGUCAAGCAGUAUCAUGCCAUCGUACCUAUCAGUGUAGUGAGUGCCCUGAAGCCUUUGUGCGGGAAGAUUCUCUGCGCUCUCAUUGUCGGCUCCACCGCAAGGGCAUCUUGCCGCCUGCUGCAUUACCGCCAGUUUCUGGAGAGGCAGCACAAGUCACCAGUGAACCUCUUGCCACUGCUGCCGAGGGCUCAACCACUGUGCAUCCAUCCACGAAAGAUAAUAUUGAACAAGAUUUAGAUCCUGCUUGUCUUGCUCCUGCCACAAGCACUGCUACGUUCACAGUGUGCACAGCAUCUGAGCAAGUAAAUCCACUGUGUCAGCCACCAGAGGAUGCCAUGGGAUCAAGCCAAGUGCUUGAGUGCCUUGUUCAGGACCCUGUGACAAUGGAAUUUCUUCCAGACAAACAGCUGCUGCUCCUAGCCCCAGGGCAGGAUUCGACCUCUGCAUCUACCACCAACCUUUUUCUGCUAGAGUCAGCAUUACAGCCAGCUUUUUGGGCAUCACCACCAGUGGCCACUCUUGAGAACUCUGCUUAGAAACAACUCUUGUAACUAAAACUGUACAUACCAUUGAACAUAAUGCAAAAAUGUCCCCUACUUCUAUUAGAGGGUUGCAAUUCGGGCUUUAUGGGAUUUUGUCUUGUGAAAUGCAAAGUAGGUAUAUAGUGCAAAAAAAAAAAAAGGCAAGAGGAAACCAGAAGACACAACACACACAUACACACACACAGUGCUACUUUCAACAACAUUCUUUUUGACAUUUGCUUUCGACAACAAAAGUUACCAGAUGCAUGAGGUAUUUCAAAACAUAAUGACGUCCCCAGGAAUAGCAAUGAUAUUUCAGACAAUAUUAGAUAUAUCUGUUUUUAUUAUUUUUUUUCACUGCUGUUUUGAUGUUUGUUUAAUAUAAUUAGUAUCUUCCGCCUCAUAGAGUUUCCUACAAAAAUUACUAGAGGGAACUCUGGCGCUAGUGUCUACAAGAGCUGCAAUUGGAGCGGUUGUCCCAGCAUGGGAAUUAUAGGAAGUACAUGGAUUUGCCUAAACUUCGCCUUUUUGGCUUCAAACGGCUUUGUGACUUUGUAAACUCGUCAUUUUCAACAGUGUAUUGCGUAAUAAAUAAUUAAAUAAACAUCAUUAAAACUGCCCAACGGCAGGAUUCGAACACAGGGACGCUAGCACAGAAGCCUGAUAUUGAAACCAUUAAGCCACGGACGCAUGUAUCGAUAAGCAAAUGAAACGCCCUUAUGAAUUUAUCGCGGGCAUGCCACUGCCUUGAGACGCUUGGUGCGUUUUGAUUUGGCCACCUGGACAAGCUCAACGGUUGCAAUUCAUAGCAACUGUACGUGUUCCCGGCGUCUUCUGCACUUCGAAGAAUAUCGAUUGCGCUGAAAUAUACGACAAUAAGAUUUAUAUAGCGUAAUAUACAAAGCCACAAGAACGUCUGAAUCCACAAGCACGAAGAUCAGGCAAAUCCAUGUACUUCCCAUCAUUCCCAUGGUAGGACGACUGCAGCACCAGAUUUCCCUCUAGUAAUUUUUGUAGGAAACUCUCUGUUCCGGCUAACUGAUUGACUGAACUUGGCUUCAGAAAUGGCUGCAUGCUCGGAUCAGAUAGUGCUUGUUGAUGUUAGCCAGUGCUUCCGCAAUAGCCGCCUUUGGCAAGUAUUUAGCAUUGUAUGCCUGUUUGUUAGACUUCCUCUCAAUGAUUCCCCCCAUAGAAUGCAGUGCAGCCGUUUUAAGCAUUGAAAACUAGGACAUCACAUUGAGAAUUACACAGCUGCCUAAGUUCGCAGCCACAAACUCUGCUAAUGCUGGCCUUUUGGGAGGGAGUAAAUCUAUCGCAUAGGAUUGGUGCCUAGUGUCCUCGUGCGUGGAAGCCUUACUGUUUACUCUGCCACCUAUGGCUGUUAUAUGCAAUGGCCAUUAUUGGCUUUUCAGGGUUUCCACUCACGUGACCUCCACCUGCUGGAGAAACUCAACCACCUAAGGGAUGCCUGACCACUGGCAGUGCUUUCUCUUUGUCACAAAUGACAGUUAGCAGUUAGGAGCCAUUAGCUCUUUUCUCACCAGAAAAACAAGGGAUUUUGCCACAACAAAGAAGGUGGUGAUCUCCAAGUUGCCCUGGCCAGUAUCUAAGGUGAAUAGAACUGCUUGUGUUUGUGCUUGCGCUUAGAGAGGAUGGGCGCUUAAGAUAUAAUUUUCAGAAUUCUGCUGUUUUGAAAGUGUUAAUACUGGGCACUUCUGAGGUAUUUUACGGUUGUCAUUUGUCAGUCAGCUAUAUUUUGACUAGACAAAUCUGCAAAAGUAUUUGGAAGCUAUUAGUGAGGAGCUUUAGCUAUUACGUUAUAAACAUCACAUUUACAGUGUGCAUCAGAAGUGUGCAGACAGGUGUUUAUCUGCUUAAUAUUCAAGGAUUUACAGCUGCAUUUCUAGUUUUAGUGCAUGACUGCAUUAAAUUGUCUCUUUCCUUUGCAAUCCAUGCACAAAACAAUUAUGGACUUUUGCUGAGCAGUACCUUCAAGCUUUGGUAAUUUCAGCUUGCAGUGGUACAGCACACGUGCUCAUCUGCCAGCUUUAUCUGACAAUGCAUGAAGAAGUUGCUCUUGUGAUGUUGCAGUGAGCACUACGGCCAAGAACUAGGUGAACACUAGCGCUUUGAUGAAUUGCAGUCAAUUCCAGCGAUGGCUUCUGGCCACUGAGGUGUAGAGAACUUUGAUCUCUAUUGGAGCGUUAUGCCAACAAAAUGGUAAUGGUUGCUUCUUGGAUUUGUGCAGUGCCACAGAUUCAUAGGCACCGUUAAGUUACUCUAGUGGUCUUUCUGUCAAGCUCAGUGAGUGUUGUCUAACCAUCGUUGCUGCAAAAAUAGUUCUUGGGAAUUUGACUACUAAGAUUGUUGAAGAAGAGAUUAUGUUUAGCUCUCUGUUUGAGGGGGCUCUAACAAGAGGUGCAUAACAAUGUCCAGGGCAUCAUGAAGUGGUAUGGCCUUUCAGUCCAAAAUUUAGUAAAGUUUACAGAAACCUUUCAUGUCAGCCACUGCCUGCUUCUUUAGCCUAAUUGGAAUGUUCUCAUAGUCCUGCUUGUAGCCUUAUAAGUUAGUCUUUCAGUGAGUUAAGUGGCUGCGGAGUAAGCUUUCUACAGGAGGUAGGCAAGCAGUGCUAAUGCUAUUCCUCACCGUGCAAAAACAGGUUGAAAAUUGCAGUUACUCCCAGAAGGACUGUUCUGGGGACGCCAGCCGAUGAGUUGAAGAAGUGUGCUAGUUUUCUCGGUCACCAAUGCAAAUGAUUUUUGCAAACAUAACCUUGAAUAAAAGGCGCCCGAAAAUGCUUUUUUUUUUUUUACUGAAAAUUGCAAUUUCUCUUACCGCAUCCUCCCUAGAAAUGCCUAUGCAGUGAGGCUUGAAGUACUUGGCUCAGUAGUAUUGAGUCGUACCUGUUCUAAACCCCAGGAUUGUGUCUCAGACUUCUGUUGACACCUUCUUAGAGCUUCUGGAGGCUCGCAUCUUUCCGAGACAUAUAUGUUGGUUAUGUCUCAGAAGGAUAAGCCCAUUAAUACUUUUUUUUACACUUUUGGCAUUGUGGACAGUUUUUUCAAGUAUGAUGCACAAAGGAUAGAGGGGGGAAAGGCAUUGAGUAUGGCAACAGUCCUUCCCCCUUCUUUUUUUUUAAAGUCUAGUUGUGAGACUUGAGGCUACUUGUGUUUUGGGGUAUAGAUGGUACACUUUUUUUAUGCUUCAGAACUCUCCUCUUAAUUCUUGUAGCUGUUGCUUUGUGAAGUCAGUGGUCUGUUCCUUUAGAUUUUGUGCUCAGAAGGAAGAUAAUGAAAGGGAAUUUUACUAGUAUUUCAGUGAAUACGCUCAAUUUUAGCCAUAGUUUAGCCAACUCAGGAUGUACCAAUAUGAAUGUCAGAGGUAUACUCACAGUAUUGCAAUUGUUCUUUACGAAGAUCUGGUAGUAUAUCUGCGUUCACUCGCGUUUUCUACGACUUUGUGAGAGAACAUUGGAAUUGUAUAUUGCUAAUAAAUGCAGUCGCGGUGCUGCGUUUCUAUUUUCUUCACAAA